GAGCUUAUUACACUGCUGUCUCCCUUGGUUUCAGGGCACCAUGUCGUCUAAAGAGUUUAGUACUCUGAGUGGCAUGUACCCCGUGCUUACUGACGAGAAACUUAGCGAGGUGCUCUGUGAUUUGUUUAGGGAAAAUAUUGCCUUUGCUCGAUGGGAGUACGUUGGGGAAGCGGGCAAAGGUGACUCGUACUUAAGCGAAAUCAUUCGUAUCAAAAUCUUCGGAAAAACCGACUGUGGGGACUUCAAACACAUCAUCCAAGUAGUUCUCAAGAGUAUCCCUAGAAGCGUCUCCCGUCGUAUCACAUUUAGAAGCGACGAAUUUUUCAAAAACGAAAUACUUUUCUACACCGAAGUCUUACCAGUAAUGCUCAAGUUCCAGUCUACCAAAAACAUGUCAGAGCCAUUCGAUAAUUAUCCAAAAGUGUUCCUAACGCAUUGUGAUGGAGAAAACGAUAUCAUUUGUCUCGAAGAUGCUACUGUUUUAAGCUUUGGACACCCUAUUAGGCAAGAAGGAGUUAACUUAGAACAUUGCAGGGUAACUUACAGAACUUUGGCUAAAUUUCACGCUUUAUCUUUUGCAAUGAGUGACCAGGAGCCAAAAGAAUUUAACAGGAUAAGCAAUAUAAUAUUUGAAACAUACUAUGAUGAGCGUCUCUGGAAUUGGUACGAGACUUUUUGGAAGCGCCUAUGUGGUAUCGCCAUCGACGCCGUUGAAAAAGAAUAUCCAAAUUCCAAAUACGUUGAAAAACUUAAAGAAUUCGCUGUUCCAGAGAGGUACAAAGAGAUGAUAAAAGCAGUCCAAGAUCGCAAAAAUGGCGUGAUUUCUCACGGUGAUGCUUGGACGAAUAAUUUCUUGUACAAGUAUGUAAAUGGACGGCCCGUAGACGCUAUACUAAUCGAUUUCCAGCUCGCUAGAUGCGCUUCUCCAGUUUUGGAUAUCUCUUAUUUCAUGUAUUCUUGUACUACCCAGGAUAUGCGGGAGAAACAUUAUGAUGAACUAUUGAAGUAUUAUUAUGAGGUCCUGUCGAGCCAGAUAAGGGGGUAUGGAAGUGAUCCGGACAAGGUUUACUCAUGGGACAGCUAUAUGGAGGAGGUGAAGAAGUAUUCGUUUUUCGGUCUGGCGUUUAGUUUAGAGGCAACACCGCAUAUGGUGCUGCCUCCGGAGGAAGCUUUUGAUAUGGACAUAAAGGGUGACAAAAAGCGCAAUAUAGACGAAAUCUGGACGUUGGCACCGUUCAAGACCAAAGAGGGACGUCAGAGGGAGGCCAACAAUGUGAAACACUGCGUCGACCGAGGAUACAUAUAAAAUUU